AUGCAAAACAGACAGGCCAGAGUCACCUUCCAAGGAGCAAGCUCAGACUUUCUCAGUCUGGAGAAUGGAACACCUCAAGGAGGCAUACUCAGCCCCUUCCUUUUCAAUGUAUUAUUGGAAAAAUUAGCUACAACCACCCUACCCAAUGGGGUUGAAAUAUUCAUUUAUGCAGAUGAUGUCUGCCUAGUCAGCACAGACAGACACAGAUCUCACCAGAACAUGCAAAGUGCAAUAAUACAAAUUGAAAAUAAAUGCACAGACCUAGGUCUAAAAAUCAACACUGCAAAGACAAAAGCAAUGGCCAUCAAACACAGUCUAGACCCGAAUGAAAUACAGCUCAUGGGUGAACCCAUUGAAUGGGUAGACAACUUUGUAUACCUAGGAGUAAACAUAAACAAGCAACUCUCCCCACGCAAAGAACUUGAAAUACUCAAGCAGAAAGGCAAAUGCAGACACAAUGCCAUGAGAAGGAUCACCUCACAACAGGGAGCAGUAUAUCACGCCCUCAGAACCUUCUACAUACAAACAAUAAGGUCAACUGUUGAGUAUGCCACACCUGUUCUCACCAGUCUCACAAGCACAGAGCAACAGGGCCUUGAAGUAAUUCCAGACAAUGCCCUGCAACUCAUCACAAGUGCUCCAAUGUGGACCAACUUAUGCAUUCUGAGAUAUGAAACAAAAUUACAGUCUCUGACAUACAGAAUAGACCAGAGAAACACAUCCAUCCUGCUAAAAACCUUGAAAAAUGAAAGGAACUGUACACUAAAAAGAGAGAUCAAAAAGUGCAUUGAUCUCCACGAAGAACUAGACCUUUUAGAAACACUAAGAAGAGUAGGCAUGCAAAAGCAUGCUGCUGCCAUCAGAGAAGACUCUCCUCUCACUGAGUAUGUAGAACCAGCACCCUGGAAACCAGAACUCUUCAAUAUCAACUACACAGUCCUCCCGGCAAGCAAGGAAGCAUGCACCAUUCAACAGCUGAAACAAGCAGCACAAGAUUCAAUAAGGAAAACAACAGCCACAAAUGAAUACUUUACAGAUGGAUCAGUAGACCUCAGCAUCCCUGCGGCGGCCGCAGGAGUCUACUCGACAUCACUUAAAGGGAGCUGGAGGCUCUCAGACAAUGCCUCCACUCUACAGACUGAGCUGAUAGCAAUCGCUAAAGCGCUAGAAGACUCGCAACACAAACUAGGAAACACAACUAUCCACACCGACUCGAAAGGAGCAAUACAAGCCAUCACAAAAGGCAAGGCAAAAGAAAACAUCAAACUCCUGACAAGUAUAUGGGCAAUUGCCAACAUCCACCAAACCAGAAACAGACAGAUAACUCUCAACUGGAUUCCAAGUCACAUAGGAAUCCAAGGAAAUGAGGGAGCAGACUUCCUAGCAAAGAGCGGGUUACACAUCAACAACAUAGGUAUUAAAAAUCAGCCACUCACUGACUCAACUAAAAAAGCAAAGCCGCAGCGUACUGUCAAGUGUAAGAAGAAAGCAAAGUCAGGAGAGCGGUCUUUGGAGGCUCUAACACUGCAAAGUGGUACGUAG